CACAGAGCAGAAGAAGCUGUAGAGAACGGGUGGCAGGAGAAGUUUAGAGACGGACAACAUGAACCUGAAGGGGAGCCGUGGUCGCUUGUACAGCACUCGCUGUUGUGGCUGCUGUCAUGUGAGGACUGGCACCAUUAUCCUGGGCAUCAAGUAUAUGGUUGUGAAUCUGCUGAUGGGAAUCCUCCUCACAGUGAAAGUAACCCACCCCGAUACUGUGCCAACAGUCGAUAUUCAGUAUGAAGUCAUUGGCAACUACUAUACUUCAGAGAGAAUGGCUGAGAAUGCCUGCGUCCUCUUCGCCAUCACUCUUCUCCUGUUCACUAUGAGCGCAAUGAUGGUCUAUGGAGCGAUCACUCAUCGGGGAGGCUGGAUAAUACCUUUCUUCUGCUACCAGCUGUUUGACUUUGCUCUCACGUGCCUGUUUGCCAUUGGCUCCCUGACAUAUCUUCCUGGCAUUAAAGAAUAUUUGGAACAGUUGCCCCACUUUCCCUAUAAAGAGGAUCUGCUUUCCCUGGACUCCAGCUGGCUUUACUCCAUUGUUGUGGUUGUGGGAGCGCUUAUCGUCCUCUUGAAGGCCUAUUUGAUUAAUUGUGUGUGGAACUGCUACAAAUACAUCAGCAACAGAAACAUGCCAGAGAUUGCAGUUUAUCCCGCCUUUGAAACCCCACCACAGUACCUCCUUCCUACAUACGACAUGGCCAUUAAGAUGCCUGAGAAAGAGAAGGAUCCCCCUCCUCCUUACAUCCCAGCAUAAUGUCCCAAGAUGCUCUGCUCCUGGAAUCCAUUGUUAUUGCUGGUGCCGCAAAGAUGAAUACAGAAGUGUAUUUUUGUGCUUUAUAUUUGUAUGGCCUUAAUAUGUCCAUCUUAUAUGUAUAUCAUUACUCACCGUGAGACAAUCUCUUCUACGGAUUCAUGUUUACUGGGAGAGCUGGGGAACGGAAGGGUUAAUAGCGCUUCUUGUUCUUUGUAUCCGUAGAGUUUUAUUUCCGUAUUUCUUUUCAUCUUCACUGUGUGUCUGUGCUCAUGCCCUAAAUGGGCCUCAAACUACAACUCCCAGCAUCCUCGGCAGGAGCAAGCGCUUGGUGGGAGUUAUAUUUAGCAGUUCCAUAUCCCUGUCUUAAAGGACCAGUAACAUUCAUAUUUUUUAAAAAAAAAUUCGGUAUAGAACGAAAAAAACCCACAAAGACGUAUUAAACUUUUAAGUCGCUAUGUCUUUAUAAAGAAAUAACUUACUGAAACUCCGAUUGCGCUCCUCUUCAGAAAAGACGACGAUCCAUCGUGCGGUGCUUGAUUUCUCCUCCCUGGCUAUCUUCUAUUUGUGGUUUUCUUUUCGUUCUAUACUAACAUAUUAAAAAAAAAAUUAUGUUACUGAUCCUUUAACCCUUUCACUGCAAGAGAGCAAUGCAACAGAUUGCAGGCGAUGCUAUGGCGUUCCUUGUGCCAAGUGAAGGUAUUUAAAAAA